ACGGCAGGCGAAUGGCAGCUGAGCAUGGCCAUGGCGGUGUCGCGCGCAGCCGCUCGCGCGACGUGCGUUCCAUUCGCGAUGGCCCGCUGAGGUUGGCAGGAUAAGGGAUCGAAAGGCGACCCCGUUAUCCUUGUGCGUAACCCCGCCCGCCAGCAGCCGGGACACGGCGUCUCGAGUUGGGGACAAGACGCUGUUUCGUUGAGGAGCGUGAGGGCUUAGCUAACCCUGCGGGAUCGUCGACUUGUAUGAUUCUCUCCGGUCGCACGAACGUAGGGUCCGACGGAGCUCACGAACCGCCACCUACUAACUUCAUUGUGCUAGUCUCUGAGCUCAUCCACGGCCACCAGCAUCGCGAGAUGCAUCCAGAUAGCCGUGCCCGAGAGCGUGGGCAUGCGAAUGGAUUACGCCAACGGGUGACGGCUCGGCUCGAAUCCGCACUCUGCUUGCACCUGGCAGUUAGGUCCCCGGUCUGCGCGCACCGACUUGGACUCGGGUUCCGAUACGGAUGCGGAAAUUCGCCGUAGAAGGGCGCGCGACUUCGAAUCCAAAACCUGCGCCUCCGGUCACUAUUCGCGUCUCGGACGUCACUCUCGCCGCGACCCGCCUGCUUCUGCUCGGAGCCCCGCCGAACACGGCGGGCACAUGCCUCCCGUCGGCCGCGCACGGGCGACCGGGACGGGGCCAGGGCGGACAGCCUCCUGCGGCGGGCGUAGGUCGGGCGAGGCUGCGAAGAGAGGCUGCUGGGGAGUCCGCGGCGGGAGCACUCGCCGCUGCGAGUAAGGCUCUGGUUCUCGCUGGGAGACCGGGGGAUUGGGUUGUCUCUUCUCAGCGUCGGCUGUUGGCUCAGAUUGGGUGCUGGUUCGAAUUCCUCGGGAAGUGCCAUGUCGAGCGAUAUUCCUUUCUGGCGGGCUUCUAGCGGGCGGCUCUGUGGACGUGAGCGACCCUUUAAUUAGAGUGACCCGAAUGGCUGGGACGCCUCGCACCGGAGAUCUUGAUUCACAGGGCGUCUAUCUGGCCAGGCCGGCGUCUGCGCGAAUCUCAAUCCAAAGUCCACCACCUCCGAGCCAUUCGCUCACCCUCAACCUCCUGCACGCUCCCUGUUCGCAUAUAUAACCUCCCCUCCCUCCAUCCGUCCUUCCCCGCCGCCCCGCUCCGCCCCCUCCCCCUCCCCUCCGCCGCCGCAUACAAGCACGCGCACAUUCUCUGCCAUGGCUCCCAAUCACCGCGACAACCUCGCCCAGCAUAUGCACAUCUCCUCCGCGGAAGACCUCUCCUACUCUGUCUCCCCCUCAUCCGGUAUCAAUGAUACCAUUCAGACUAUUGUUACCGGCCGCAAGUGCUGGAAGACGAUGAAGGGCAAGGGCGAGGUCGUCUGGCCUCCAUAUCUAGAGGCCGCGCUCGUCGAAGGGCUAGAGAAGUACCAGCCCGUCGAGUCGCGAACAUCCCGGUCUUUCGGCCGGUUCCCGAUGCGGAACAAGUUCAUCUCGGACUACAUCUUCCAGGUCACGGGAAAGCGCAGGACUCCCAAGCAAGUCGGCUCUCGUCUUCAGCAGCUCCGUGACACCGCAGAGGGCAAACGCAUCCUCCAGCAAUUGUCCAGCAGGCACAUGGCCAUGAUGCAGCCCAAGUCCGCGCAGAGCCAAUCGCGCCCCGAUGCGGCAGACACCCGGCCGUCCACCGCGGGUAGCUCAUCUUCGGCUUCUGCCUCUUCUAGCCCCACGGGUUCGUCGAGCACGCCUCCUGCGCGUGUUCCCACGAGCUAUGUCUGCAUUGACGUCCUCCCUGACCCCGGAACACCCCCCCUGCGCCUCCCCUCUCUUUCUUUCGCCUCGUCCCCUCUCUCCCCCGGCGCGCAGCCUUCAUCCGCAAUCGCAAGCUUCGUUCCCACCCCUGGCUCCCCCACCUCUCCCAACUCCGGGAUGGGUCUUGGACUCAACUCCUCUGGCCCUCGCGUCCUCCGGCAAAUCGAUCCGGCGGUGACGUUUAUGUCCCGCGCGGCUCUUCAGGCAUACUCGAGCUUCAAGGUUACAAAGGCAGGCUACGCGCCAGGCCAGGCGCCGAUUCAUACCGAGCGGACGGAGCUCGAGCUUCUCUCGAGCAGCUGUAUGCCGAUGCCCCAGUGGUCCAGCGAGAUAGAGUGCACGUUCCUAUACCGCACGCGGUUCAUCCCCCGCUUCUGGGACUCCCUCUGCAGGGCCGCAGACCCGUCGGUGUACACCGUCCACCAGGAGAUCGUUCGCAGUGGGGCCGCAGAUGCCGACCAACACGCGCCCGAGGACGUCCUUCUCUCGAUCGUGUACCAGUUCAACAACGUCACCCACACGCCACCGCUCUCGCCCGACAGCCCCACCUUCUCCAGCGACGCGAGCCGCCCGGGUACGGCUGGCAGCCACUUCUCGAGCGGGAGCACUCCCGAGUUUGGUGCCGAGCUCGACGACAUGAUGAUGUUUAACAGCUCGCUCGACGUGCCGCAUCUGCCGCAUUCUAUGCAUGGCUCCUUCUCGUCUUCGCAUCCUGCGCAUGGCGCCAUCGAUGUCAAGACCCCCGCGCUUAUUCAUGCCGACGAGGAUGCGUACGCGAGCCUGCCGCCCACCCCGACGUCGCCUUUCGAUCUCCCCCCGCCGGGUCAUGGCUGGGCCAGCCACCAGCAGCACCAGUCUCUCGCCCCUCCUGCGCAGGAUUGCGGAAGGGGGAUGUACGGCAUGGCCAAUGGGAUGGGUCCUACGAUGGGAGGCGACAUUGCCAUCGCGGGCCCGGGACAGUACAUGAACAACUUCAUGAGCCCUUACGGUAUGUGAGGAGGUGCCUUACGAGCCUCCCUUGGGCGCGGAGACCUCCGCCUUGGGCCCGGUCACGCCAGACUUGAAUGGACCGAAGGCAAUGCUCCUCGCUAUCAGCGCCGCGCCCUUUGAGACCUCUUCCCUUGAGCAUGGGCGGCGCAUAUACCCUGUAUGCCGCUUCAUGUGCGCACCCCGGGCGCAUCGCUUUGCUUUCUUGGACGGAGACUCGGACGUUGGCAUGUUAAAUGGAAUGGAUGUCGAACGUGGAUCGUGGAUCUUGGACUGUACCGCCAUAUCAAGCUGCCGUUGGACGUGCUUCUUCCGUCUUCUCGGACUCUUCCCCUCUCCCUCGAUCCAUCGACUCCCGCGAGCACUCGCCCCUCAGCGUCCGGGUAUGCUUCGGCGUUAACCCUCUCUACUGCUUCUGUGCCCGCCACCAUCUUCGGACACUUCCUUCCCACCUGCGCGUCCGCCCGCCUCCAGUCCACAGUCGUCCCAGUUUGGUUGUUGUGACUGCACUCCUAGCCGCGCUGCUUCUGUAAUGUGCCCAUUGCCGCUCGUUCGUCCCCAGCUCCGCGUCCAUGCCGUCCAAGUCUUCUGCCGCUCGUUGUCGUCUCGCUCGCCGUAUCGCUCCCGCCAUCCUCCGUUCGUGGUUCCCCUUGUAUCGCCAAACCGACGCGUCGGUCUUUCGCAUCGUCAUACAUGCGUUCCCGUCAUCUGCUUAUGUGGCUUCUGCGUCGCUCGUUUGCUUGUCAUUGCUCCCCUUGACCUUAAUGUUCCCGUCCCUGCUGAGCUUUAAAGGUUUGCGUUAUAUCCGGACUUGUCCACAUAUGUUAUCCUGUUGCAUAACCACAUCGCCAUCUCCACGUUGUUUUACUAGUCUUAGUGCUCGCGCCUGCAUACUAAUUGUACGCUCGUCUUGGUCGCCGUCAACUCUGCUUCUUUCCAACCAUGCAUCUCUUCAUCAUCGCAUACCACUUCACUCCCAUCUACUACUAUAUGAUCGUGUUUACCACCACCUCCAUCAUCGACUACAGCACGCUCUUACUUACAUCUUACCCUUGUCUCACUUCUUACAUGUUCUUAAAGGCUCAGCGCACCGUUGCUAUUCACCGUAGCGUAUCAUUC